AUGGAUGCUCUGAGAACCAUUGGCAUACAGAAACUGAUUCGACAUCUCUUUGGCUUUGGUCCAUGGCAUGAGAUGCCCUUUGAAGUCCAACUUAAUACGGCUUACAGAGCUUUGCGCAUCCCCUGGAUCCGAUCGUUCUCAGCUUAUGAGCAGGAACAUCCCCAAAACCUGGCACCCGGCCAGCCAAGGCCUGCAGCCUCGCUGAUCCCCCACGUACCCUACGCGGCUGAAAUGCAGGCCCGAUUUUGUGACAAGCCGAAGGUGAUGGAGCAUGGUAACAAGGAAGUUGACCUCCAUGCAGUCUGGACGCAUAUGACACAUGGCGAGCUCCAAAUGUGGGGGGACGUGAAAUAUGAUCUCCAUCUACUCAACGACAGAUGGAUUAGAGAAUGCGAUCUCAUUUCCGUGUACGGUAUGAAACGGGAGGCCCUCGAGUUUCUUCAAAACCACGGCUGGGACGACGAGAUUGAUUAUCUGAAUGCAUACGCGGGAGUGCGCCACUACGUCAAUGGCGACCACUACUUUCUGAUGCGAACUGCCUGUCAGCGCGCGGCUACCGCAAUGGAUAGGGUCUUGGACGCCUGCGCCGCCGGAUGCGUCAUCAAACCAGGCUGCCAAAAGCUGUACGCAUUGAGCGGCAUGCGCUUCCAAGAGCUCUUUAGCUCUUUGUGUGCGGACAUGCAGGCGCUGCGUGCCGUCGAAAAGCCACUCGACCAAAGCUGGUGGAAGUCCCGAACACAGAUUGUUGGGGGCAAACGUGUGGAGGUAGCCUAUGUUACAACGCCUGAGAUGCUUUAA